CAAACCAAACACACAUAAAAUUAGGGCUACAGAAUGAUCACUGAGGUUUUAGCAGAACAAAUUGAAGGCUGAGAUUUUCUCAACAUUUCUGUCAACUCUCAACCAUGGCACCUCCUCCUGGACCCUACUCUGGCACCAGCACCCUCGCUUUGGUGGCUCGGGUGUCCGCCUUUUCAUUCGGACUUGUUUACGGAAACAUGAAGCUUAAGAUUCUUAAGGCUAAGGCCAAGUCUCAUAAGAAAGCUGAAGCCAAAACUCAUCAUUGAAAAAGUAAAUUAUGAUGUUUUUCUUGUCUGAUAGAAAUAAUAAAUGAAAAAAAAAUUGGCGUUUCCUUCUGGCCUGGUGCACAGGACCAUAAUUUUCUAUUUGUAACUCCAAUUUUGUUGAGAAUUAUGACACCAAUCAGCAUUUUAUCCUUGUGCCUUUGAGUCAAUUUUCUCAUGAAUUAAAGUACACUUUUUGUGUCCA